CCAGAAUAGGAUCAAUUACAGUCUUCAAUACAAUUCCUCUCUCUCUCUCUCUCUCUCUCUCUCUCUCUCUCUCUCUUGCUGCCACCCAUUUAAAAGGAUCCUAAAACCCCCCAAGUUUCAUGCCAUUGUUGAUCGUAGACUCUGUUUCAUUGGAAGCUUUUCUUCAGUCUCUGUUUCUUUUACUCUCUGUUUCUUCUCUCUCCAUUUCACUCUCUGUUUUUUCCGUCUCUGUUUCUUUACUCUCUGUUUUUUCUCUCAUGGCUUCAAACAACGCCGCCAAUAAGCUCCCAGCAAUCCCCUGUUACGACUCCUCCAACACCACCUUCGUCCAAGCCGACCCCUCCACCUUCCGCGCUGUCGUGCAGAGGCUCACCGGCGCCGCCGCGGACGACCCAUCUGCCGAAAGGCUCCCCGUCACCGUCCCGGCGAGGCACGCCGCCGCUAAACCGGCCGCAGGAGAAAUGGGUCCCCGUAGGCCGCCCUUCAAGCUCCACGAGCGGCGGCAGAGCGUGAGAAAUCUGGAGAUCAAGCACAGGAGCUUUCUGGGAUUCGGCGGGGGCGAGACGGUGAUGGCGUCCCCGGUGUCGCCGUUUGACGCGUUCUCCGGAGCCGGAGGGAGCCCGAAGACGCCGUCGGAGGAGGAAGAGAGAGCCAUUGCAGAGAAAGGUUUCUACUUGCACCCAAUUAGUCCUCUGAACACUCCGAGAGGGUCGGAGCCUGCGCUCCUGCCUCUGUUCCCUCUGCAAUCUCCGAGGCAGAUCGACGAUCACAGCUCCUGAAAUUUUUUUUAAUUUGUGAAAUUAAUUCCAAUUUUUUGUUUAAUUCGAUGCAAAAUGAUCGGGGAAGGUGUGGAAUGUGUGUUGAUGGUGCGUGUAACAAACGCCCUUGGUUGUAGUAAUGAAAACUUUUUUUGUAUUAUUUGUUUCAAUUAAACUUUCUUCAGUAUUAUUAUUAUUAUUAAUGGAAAUUUCACCAUUGUAGAA